AAAGAAAAAGGAAAGGUGACGAUAAGUGGGAAGGUGAUAUGAAUGAGUUGGCACAACAGAUUCAAAACAUGACAACUAAUUAUACCAAACUCACGGCCCUAUUAACCACCCAAACUGAAGUUAAUAAGUCACGUCCAAGACCACCCACAAGAGCAAAUGUGUCAGUCACGUGUUAUUGGUGUGGUGAAAAAGGCCACUAUGCAAGGGAAUGUUUGACGGAAAGGGAAACCCCAGUUCCUCAUGAAAGAAGACCCACCCAACCUAUCCAAGUGUUGAGGCAUGAAGUUGAAGCCAAUUAUGGCAGUAUUGAUGAUGGCUAUGAUAAUGAAGGGGAAAAGGAAAUUUUUGUUACCGGUGAAAGGUAUUACCUCUAUAGUCGUAGGAAUAAAGAUCGCCCCCGAAUUCUGAAUCACAAUGGGAAGAAGUUGCACCAACCUGGUGGAAAAGUUGAAAUUAAGGACCUCUACGACGAUGAAGACAACUUGUUCGACUGCUUGAUCUAUGAAGAUGAAGAAGUAGAAGAAACUGAAGGUUAUUUUACUGAAGAGUUGAUGAGUAAAGAGGACGCUGAGCUCUAUUCCAACCCGUGGCAAGACGUACAAAGCCCUGCAGCAUACCUGUCCCAUGUUGAAGAACUAUCCACGACCCAUGUAGAACCCAAGGUGGACGAUCUGAAGGAGAAAGUUGAGAAAAUGUGUGUUAACGAAGAAUUAGACGCUGAACAACAGAAGGAAGCAAAAAAACUAUUGAAAAGAGAAAAAGAUAUCUUUGCACAAACCGUCGACGAACUUGGAUGCACCAAUCACACCCAUCACGUGAUCGAUACAGGUGACAUCACCCCCAUUAAGCAAAAUCCAUAUAGGGCUGCUCCUAGUAUUAAAGAUUUUAUUAAAAGUGAAAUAACCCAGUUAAAAAAAAGAGGGUUAAUUCGUGCAGUACUUGCACAAAAGGAUGAUGACAGAAAAGAGUUCAUGGUGUCAUAUGCAAGUAAAGGGUUGACACCACCCGAACGGAACUAUGCUGCUACGGAAUUGGAAUGUUUGGCUGUACUAUGGGCAGUAGAACAUUUCCACCAUUACUACGAGUUGAAUCCUUUUGUGGUAGUAACCGACCAUAGCGCACUAAAAUGGUUAAAGACUUCAAAACUUACUGGAAGGUGUGCAAGGUGGAUGCUUCAUUUGCAGCCUUACGACUUUACCAUCCAACAUCGAAGUGGUCGAAAACAUAAUAACGCGGAUGCGUUAUCUCGAAUCUAA